AGAGGGGCGGGGCCGAUGCUCACUGCUCCCCCCACCCCACAGGUGAGCCGUGCCCGGAGCCCACCAUCGUCCCGUCCUAUUACACCACGGCCGACGCCGUCAUCUCCUCGGAGAGCGUCUUCGUGGUGGAGAUUGCGCUCACCUGCCGCAAUGGGGCGCAGAAUGUCGCCCUGUAUGCUGACGUAAACGGCAAACAGUUCCCCGUCACCCGGGGGCAGGACGUGGGACGCUACCAGGUAGGGUCGAGGCCUGGCGGGGGGGCA